AUGGUUUGUGACAGUUUAGUUUAUCAUCCAGUUCUUUCUAAGCUUAUUAGAUUGUUGGAUACCAAUAAUGGUAGGGAAAAGAUUUUGCGUUUAUUGCAAUACUUAAAUAGAUUAUUAUUCGAUUCUACAGGUAAUCCUUUAAACAAGAAAUUACAGCAAAAUUUUGCUUUAAUUCGUAAAGUUCUAAGAUUUUUGAAGCCUUUAACUAAUUUGCAACUACUGGCCAAAACCUGGGAUUCUGCUGUCACUGCAACCAACACAACCCAAAUAAAGAUUUUGACUGCAGCCAAACAUUUCUUUUAUGGUGGCUAUUUGUUUUUGGAUCAAAUUACUUUGCUAAAUGCCCUUAACGUUGUUAAUUUGAACCAGACUAAAGCGAAGAAAGUUGCCCGUUAUACAAACUGGUGUUGGUUAUUUGGACUAACUUCUAAUUUAUUACUAUCUUUAAAUAAAAUCAUUCAACUACCAAGUGACGAUACACAAUCCAAGAACAACAGUGUUUAUAAAAGAAUAGCAUGGGACUCUUUAGAUCUCUUUGUUGUUUUGAACAAUUUGAAGUUUUUGAACACCGAUGACGCAAAUGUAGCUUUAGCUGGAUUGACUACUUCAGUUUUUGGUGUUGAAGAUUUAUGGUCUAAGGCAUGA